CGCCGGCCCGUCACCGGCCCGCCGGGUUCCGCCUGGCGCCCGCCCCGCCACCCUGGGCAGGAGCCUGCCGCCGCCGCGCCCCUCUGCUCUGCAGCCGCAUCACCGGUCGCGGGAGGACCUGCCGGCCCUCGGCCCCGCCACCCCGCCGCGCCAUGAGCGCGCGCCUGCCGCUCUUCCUGCGCCAGCUCCGCCGCCCGCUGCGGCCCCCGGGCCCGCCGCGCAGCCCCCGAGCGCCCUGUCGCGCCAGCAGCGGCGGCGGCGGCUGUGGCGGCGGGAAAGGCCCGCUCGGGCCGCGGCGGCUGCAAGACUCCCAGGCCGGGAGCAACCGCGGCCCGGGCAGCCGGGAGACCCCGGCACGGGGCUCCAUCGUCAGGCAGGUGGUGAUAACUUAAUGCAGGAAAUCAACCAGAAUUUGGCAGAGGAGGCCGGCCUGAACAUCACUCACAUUUGCCUUCCUCCAGGCAGCGGCGAGGAUGAGAUUAUAGAUGAAAUUUUGAAGAUUAAUGAAGACUCCAGAGUACACGGCCUUGCCCUUCAGAUCUCUGAGAGCUCAUUUAGCAACAAAGUCCUCAAUGCCUUGAAACCAGAAAAAGAUGUGGAUGGGGUGACAGAUAUAAACCUGGGAAAGUUGGUCCGUGGGGAUGCUCAUGAGUGCUUCAUUUCACCUGUGGCCAGAGCUGUAACUGAACUUCUUGAAAAGUCAGGUGUCAACUUAGAUGGAAAGAAGAUCUUGGUAAUAGGAGCUCAUGGGUCUUUCGAAGCUGCCAUACAAUGCCUGUUCCAGAGAAAAGGGUCCAUGACAAUGAACUCCCAGUGGAAAGCACCUCAGCUUCAGAGCAAGCUUCAAGAGGCGGAUAUUGUGGUCAUAGGCUCGCCCAAGCCAGAAGAGAUUCCCCUUUCUUGGAUACAACCAGGAACUACUGUUCUCAACUGUUCCCAUGACUUCCUAUCAGGGAAGCAUGGAUGUGGUUCUCCUGAGACACAGUUUAGUGGUCUCAUUGCAGAGGAGGAUGUGAGUCUCCUUGCUGCAGCUCUGCGGAUUCAGAACAUGGUCAGCAGUGGGAAGAGGUGGCUUCGGGAACAGCAGUACUCGAGGUGGAGACUUCACUGCUUGAAACUUCAGCCUCUCUCCCCUGUACCAAGUGAUAUUGAGAUUUCAAGAUCACAGACUCCAAAAGCUGUGGAUGUUCUUGCCAAGGAGAUAGGAUUGCUUGCAGACGAAAUCGAGAUCUAUGGCAGAAGCAAAGCCAAAGUGCGUUUGUCCCUGCUGGAAAGGUUAAAGGACCAAGCAGAUGGAAAAUACGUCUUAGUUGCUGGGAUCACCCCUACCCCCCUUGGAGAAGGGAAAAGUACAGUUACAAUUGGGCUUGUACAGGCGCUGACCGCUCACCUGAAUAUCAACUCCUUCGCCUGUCUCAGGCAGCCUUCUCAAGGACCAACUUUUGGAGUUAAAGGAGGGGCCGCUGGUGGUGGCUAUGCCCAGGUCAUCCCCAUGGAGGAGUUCAACCUUCACCUGACUGGGGACAUUCACGCCAUCACUGCUGCCAAUAACUUGCUAGCUGCUGCAAUCGACACAAGGAUUUUGCAUGAAAACACUCAAACGGACAAGGCUCUGUAUAAUCGACUGGUUCCUUUAGUGAAUGGCGCUCGAGAGUUUUCAAAAAUUCAACUUGCUCGGCUGAAAAAACUAGGAAUAAAUAAGACAGACCCAAACUCACUGACGGAAGAAGAAAUAAAUAAAUUCGCCCGCCUCUGCAUCGACCCCUCCACCAUCACAUGGCAGCGAGUAUUGGAUACAAAUGACCGAUUUCUGCGAAAAAUAACGAUUGGGCAGGCAAACACAGAGAAGGGAUGUUCCCGGCAGGCACAGUUUGACAUCGCGGUGGCCAGCGAGAUCAUGGCAGUGCUGGCGCUGACUGACAGCCUUGCGGACAUGAAGGAGCGGCUGGGAAGAAUGGUGGUGGCCAGUGACAAAAAUGGGCAGCCCGUGACAGCAGAGGAUUUGGGGGUGACAGGUGCUCUGACAGUUUUGAUGAAAGAUGCAAUAAAACCAAAUCUGAUGCAGACCCUAGAGGGGACCCCUGUAUUUGUGCAUGCUGGCCCCUUUGCUAACAUCGCCCACGGCAACUCCUCAGUGCUGGCUGACAAAAUUGCCCUGAAACUGGUUGGUGAAGAAGGAUUUGUAGUAACUGAAGCUGGCUUUGGUGCUGAUAUUGGAAUGGAGAAAUUCUUCAACAUCAAGUGUCGCGCUUCUGGCUUGGUGCCCGACGUUGUUGUUCUGGUGGCGACAGUACGAGCCCUGAAGAUGCACGGAGGAGGGCCGAGUGUAGCUGCUGGUGUCCCUCUCAAAAAAGAAUAUACAGAGGAGAACAUCCAGCUGGUGGCAGACGGCUGCUGUAACCUUCAAAAGCAAAUUCAGAUCGCUCAGCUCUUUGGGGUUCCCGUGGUUGUGGCUCUGAAUGUCUUCAAGACUGACACCCGUGCUGAGAUUGACUUAGUGUGUGAGCUGGCAAAGCGGGCUGGCGCCUUUGAUGCGGUCCCCUGCUAUCACUGGUCGAUUGGUGGGAAAGGGUCGGUGGACCUGGCUUGGGCUGUGAGAGAAGCUGCAAGUCAAAGAAGCCGUUUCCAGUUCCUGUACAAUGUUCAGCUUCCAAUCAUAGAAAAGAUAAGAACCAUUGCCCAGGCUGUGUAUGGAGCCAAAGAUAUCGAACUCUCUCCAGAGGCACAAUCCAAAAUAGAUCGUUACACGCAACAGGGUUUUGGAAAUUUGCCCAUCUGUAUGGCAAAGACCCACCUUUCCCUGUCUCACCAGCCUGACAAGAAAGGUGUACCCAGGGAUUUCAUUUUACCCAUUAGUGAUGUCCGGGCCAGCAUAGGCGCUGGCUUCAUUUACCCCUUGGUGGGAACGGUAAGUAACAUUCCCCAGAAACCUUCCCCAGUCUCUGUUGUCAUGAUGUGUUAA